AUGACCGAUGGCUCGCGUCGCAGAUCCAGGCCGUCGAUCUCAUCAGGCCACUGGCUAGUACGACGUGGCAGCCCAUCCGGCCGUCCCUUCCGAACGGCAAACGUGGCAAGUCAAAAUGAGAAAAGAAAAAGAAAAAGAAAAACCAAGCUUGCGUGUAGCGCUGCACCCCCAAACGGUCGCUCCGCGAAUUCAAAAAUCGAAUCCGCUCCUCCCCUCCCCUUCUCCCCCAAACUCAUCUCGUCGUCUCCUCCUCCGCUCCCCAGCCAAAUACCCCGAAAUUCCCCCACCUCGAGGCGGCGCCGUGAGGCCCCUCCGCUCCCGUGCUCCAGAUCUCGGCCCAUGGACGCGGAUCCGGCCGCAUCCUCGACGCCGCCGCCCUCCCCGGCGCCGGCUGCUCCUCUAGGUGAGGAAGAAGGGGCUGAGCGCGUGGAGGUGGAGCGUGCGGAUCCCGCGAGCCCAGGUUGCGUCGGCGGAGGCGCCGGCCCCAACCACGCGCCGCCGCCGUCGCCCGCUUCUGCGGCGCCGCCGAAAGGAGAGGAGCCGGUGGCGGGCAGCGAGGAGGAGGGGAUCGCAGUGGUUGCAGGAGGUGAAGGGGAUGCUCUUCGUAGCUUCUUGGAGGAAUUUGGAGAUCAAAUGGAUGAUUCCCUUAUCCCGUCUCCCCGGCUAGAACAGAUAGACACCCCUGACCGUCUCGCUGCUCUCCGUUUUCUUGGGGGGAGGUACAACGGCCUGGUGGAGAGGUAUAAGCAGCAGGUGGCUAAGUGCGCCGAGGAGUGCGUGCCUCGAUACGAUGGCUUGAAGAAGAAGUACACGGAUGAGUGUGCAGAGCGGCGGCGGUUGUACAAUGAACUCAUCGAGCUGAGGGGUAACAUCAGGGUGUUCUGUCGCUGCCGCCCUCUGACUCAUGAUGAGAUCUCCAAUGGGUGUUCUUCGAUAGUUGAGAUCGAUCCAUCCCAUGAGACGGAGCUACAGUAUGCUCCAUCUGAUAAAGAAAGGAAGGUUUUUAAAUUUGACCAUGUUUUUGGGCCAUCUGAUGACCAAGAGACUGUAUUUGCUGAGAGCUUGCCGGUAGUGAGGUCUGUCAUGGAUGGUUUCAAUGUAUGCAUCUUUGCAUAUGGACAAACUGGAACAGGGAAGACCUACACCAUGGAAGGGGUUCCGGAGGAUAGGGGUGUUAACUAUAGAGCAUUGGAAGAACUUUUUAGAUUGUCAGAAGAAAGAAGUUCAUCUGUUGCAUACAAUUUUGCUGUGAGCAUUAUGGAAGUCUAUAAUGAAAAAAUCAGGGAUCUUCUUGAUGAAAGCUCUGAGCAAACAGGAAAAAAGUUGGAGAUAAAACAAAGUGCUGAAGGCACACAAGAGGUGGUUGGUUUGAUUGAAGCUCCAAUACAUACUAUAGAUGGUGUUUGGGAAAAACUGAAAGUUGGAGCUAAAAAUAGAUCAGUUGGAGCAACCAAUGCUAAUGAACUAAGCAGCCGCUCUCAUAGUUUGGUUAGAGUUACCGUUAGGAGUGAGCAGUUAGUGACAGGGCAAAGGUGUAGGAGUCACAUCUGGUUGGUAGACCUAGCAGGUAGUGAGCGUGUGGCCAAAACGGAAGUUGAAGGGGAGAGGCUAAAGGAGUCACAGUUCAUCAACAAGUCGCUCUCUUCUUUGGGUGAUGUUAUUUCUGCUCUUGCCUCAAAAAAUGCACACAUUCCUUACCGGAACUCCAAGUUGACUCAUCUGCUCCAAAGCUCGCUAGGCGGCGAUUGCAAGACACUUAUGUUUGUGCAGAUAAGUCCAAGCUCUGCAGAUUAUGGAGAGACUCUCUGCUCACUUAAUUUUGCUAGUAGAGUUAGGGCUAUAGACCAUGGCCCUGCUCGUAAACAAGCAGAUCCAGCUGAAACUUUUAAGCUCAAGCAGCUGACAGAGAAACUUCGUCAUGAGGAGAAGGAAAAUGCAAAGUUAAGUGAAAGCUUGCAAUUCAUGCAGAUCAAGUAUACUUCUCGAGAGAAUGUCUUUAAGACACUUCAAGAUAAGAUCAGGGAAGCUGAACAGACGGCAAAAACUUAUCAGCAGCGGGUUAGAGAUCUAGAGAAUGAAUUAACCAAUCAGAAGAAGGCAGCUAGGGAUACAGCUAGAUCCACAAGGCCACCACUUGCACCUGUGAGGCAGCGACCACCUCUUGGCAGAAUUGGUAAUCACAUGCCACCUUCGGCUCCUCCUCUUAGACUGAGGCUCAGUAAAGCACCCACCAUUCAAAACAAAGAGAACAUUCCUAUGAUGAACAAAGCAUCAUCCUCUGGGGCUGAUACUAGCAAGGCUGUUGGCAAGGCACGCCGUGUGUCUCUGACUCCUGUGAUUCGACAUAUUCCUCUGCAGCCCAAGAGGCGAUCCUCAUUUGCGGUACUACCAUCCCAGAGAGAGCAGCUGUCUAUACUUCCUGAGAAGAGAACAAUGUCCCGAUUGUCCCAUCUCCCAAUGCCAAGGAGAUCAAUCGCAACAUUUAGUUCGAUUCCAGGAACACCUGUGGCAGCUCCAGCACAUGCACCGGUUGAUGCAACCCCAGAUACAAAUGGAAGAUUCAGGAGCCUCGAGUUCAGCAGCAGCAAGUUCAGAAGCCCCACGAGGCUGGGCAUGUGGCAGCCAAGGAAUAACGCCUCGUCACCACAGCAGAAGCUGCGGCUAGCAUCAGCUUCUGGAAAUGCAAGCAAGCUAUGCUUUAGUGUCCAGAAAAGAGUAAUCCUAGGUUCACCUGCUCCUGUGAAAAGCGGCCUGCUCUCCGGUGCAGGCAUCUUCAAUCCCGCUCUGCGUGAGAAAAUGAUGGCGGCGAAAGUAGGGAACGCACAGCGCGUGUUCAACGCCAACAGGAGGAAGUCUGUCCUCUAGGUAUUUUCUCCAGACCAGAAGUGAUGACCGGCAAUUGUUUGGAUGUUCAAACAUUGAUGCAGAGUUGGAAUGUAGUCAGUUGAUUUUCAUUUCGGUGAAAGCCAUCCAUCUGUUCUCAUGGCUGUGUUGAUAAAAUGUCUGUGAUAAGGGCUGUAGUGAUGUACCCAUUCAUCAGCUUUAUUAAAAAGGAUUGAUGUUCUUAUGUUGUAUAGAUUCUUUACAGCUGCAGACUUUUGCAGUAAUCCAGUUGGUACACCCCUUGUUCUGUGGAACAUGCUAUCAUCUCCGUGUUAUUCUUAUUAGAAUUAUUAUGCUUGAUAAGGGCUAUUCCCCGUCAAAGGUCAUUAUAGAUUUUGGAU